CGGUAGUAUCGACUCGAUGAACACGAGAGUUUUUGAGUGCCCCCGGUGCCGAUCAUCUCGUGUAAUAUCCCGUGCCAGUCCCGGAGGAUUCCACCGUUCGACGCAAGGCAUGAUCGUACGCCUUACAACUCCCCUCCGUCACCACUACGCCCGUAUAGCCGCGAAAUAGGUGGUCAUGCCCAGAUUGAGAUGAAGUCAAACACGAUGGACAUCCCAGCUGGUCUAGAGACGCCUCAUAUAUAAAUGAUUGUAAUUCCGCUCAGAUUUCCCAAUCCUAUUUAUCACAAUCAGGACAUCUUUCUACCACAAAGAACCCAAGUAAACCAUUCUUUAAAAAAUUAAUACCUUAAUUCAACACAACCAACGCAACAGCCUUCAACAUUCACAAUGCAAUUCUCUACCGCCAUCACUGCUCUCUUCGCCUCCGUGGCCCUCGCCGCCCCUUCUGUGGCACGCGCCGAGGUCAAGUCCAUGAUGGCAGCUGCCGAGUGGACCAUCGAGUCCCUCAAGCGCACCGUCAACGCAGACGACUCUGUUGCUACAUGGGAGUUCGGCAUUGACACCCAAUCCGGCGCCGCUACUGCUUGCAAGUUCGACGUUUCCGGACAUCCGGCAAGCCAGACUGGCCUGGCCGCCCCGGCGACCUGCGGAGAUUUUCAGGUCACCACCGGCUGGAGCGACCAGUUUGGCGCUGACAACGGCUUCACAACGCUUUCCGUUGUCAACACUGCUACCAAGUUGAUUGUCUGGCCCUCUUACACUGAUGCACAGCUGGCCAACGGCGCUGUUGUAACCCCCGAUCAGAGCUACACCCCCGCCAACUUGUCUUAAGAAAAAAGUUGUUGGAAUAUUGGAGGUACGAUGAUAAAAUCCAUGGAGGAGAAAAUUGCAUGGCUUGGAUGCGCAUAGCUAGUGCGAUGAUUCGAGAAAGGCGACAUGAGCAUAUGCAUAACCUGGCGUUAAAAUUACGGCAACAUUCCUUCAGGUACUUCGAACUGCAUGAAUAUGUGCAGCACAUGGUGUAGAUAUACCCGAGGCAAUAUCAAUGCAAUUUAUACAACACAUCAUAUCGCGAACUCUGAGACCGCGCAUGAAACUAUGCAAGCGAUCGAUGUGGCGUACGUAGGAUUUAAAUAAUGCUUUAGUUUACAAUUGA